GAAGUUUAGUCCAGGUUACAUGGCGUUGUUUGCUUGACAACAGUUAUUGAUCUCUCGUUUGUUGUCAUCUUAUUAAAAAACAUAUUGGGAAAAAAUGGCAACAGCGACAGUUAUGCAUGGAAGGCGAAAGGGGAAAGAGAGGGCUACCCCCGAGAUGCCCUUGCCCCCAGACUUCCAAAUGCAGGGAACCAAGGCUGGCCAACCCGGAAUGAUCCUCCCAAAUGGCACUGACCUCCGGGACGUCACUAUCUUGUCCAAGAAUGAGUGGAACCGAAUUCAACAAGAACUUUACAAGAGACAGAUCGAGGAGGAAAGAAUGCGAAGAAUGAGAGAGGAGAAGGAAAAUCGUAAACAAAUGUCAAAAGAGAUGGUCAAAAACUGGGGAAACACGAUAGCUGGAACACGCACAAGAAAACUAGAGGCCCGAAAACUUCGUGAGCAGAAAGAAGAAGAGGAGAAGAGAGCAAUAGAUUUAGAGGAGGCCAAGUAUCAGGCAGAAAAAAGGAAGGAAGCUAUAGAGAAAGCCAAGACACAGCAGUAUUACCAGACAGACAGGGUCAAGAACUUCCAUAGUGCCCUCAUGCUAACAGAGGUACUCAAGGAGAGGGAGGCUCAGAUUGAAUUAAAGAAACUCAAAGAGAAGGCCAGCGAGGGUAAGGAUGCAGAAUGGCUGCAGAAAGCCAGGAGGGAGCACGAAAACGCCAUCCUACACGAUCAAGAGAGAGCCAAGGAGCGGAUCAAGGCUUGUAAGGAGAACGAGAAGUUCCUAACGGCACAAAUCCAGGAGCAUGUCAAGCAGAGACAUGAGGAAGUUGAGGAAGAUAAACGUGAGGGGGAGGAGCUACAGAAACUGGCCAUCCAGUUCCACGCCGAGAAAGAGAGGCUGGAGGAAAUCAAACGCGCCGAGAAACUGCAGAUGAUGCGGGGCAACAUGGACCAGAUCAAAGACAGGAAGAUGAUCAAACAAGUCAUGGAGCAGCAGGAAGAGGAAGAAGAUGAGGAAUGCAGAAUUUUUGCUGCUGCCAAGAGAAAAAUGAUGAAGCUAAGAGCUGAGAAAGAACAACAGAUUCACAAUGAGAAACAGAGAAAUCUAGAACAGAUUAGAGAGAAGCUUGCCGCUCAGCUGAAACAGAAAGUCAGCGACGAAGACGAGAGAAUUCACCGAGCUGUGGAGGAGGCUGAGGAGAAACGAGCGAAGGAAGAGGCGGAGAAGGAAGCCAAGCUCAGAAAGGACAUGGAGGAGAGCGCUAAACACAGAAAUCUACAGAUGCGGGAGGCGGAGCAGAAGAAGAAGGAGGAGAGGAGACAGGAGCUAGAGAUGGUGAGGAUCAGACAGGCCGCCGACGAGAUCUUCCGCCGUAACGAGGAGGAGAAACACAUGAGGAGGCGAGAGGACGCCGUGGGCCUCAAGAACUUCCACCAGGAACAAGUGAACCAGAGGAAACAGAAAGAGGUUGAACAAGAACAGGAGAAGUUGGCACUGGAUCAGGCAAACCAAGCUCUGCUGGCCGUUGAAGAGGACCAAUUCCAGGAGUACGCAGGGCGCGUCAUCGAACACUGCGAGAAGGGUGGCCGCAACGUGUACCCCCUCAGAAAGGCCGCCAAAAACGGGGCUGGAGGGGGCAAAGGUCCAGUGUUUGAAGGAAAAGGCGGGAUUCGACCCAGCUACAUGGUGUCAGAUAAAUCCGGGAAACAGAUGCCCCAUUACCAGAGGGAUUCCACAGAGGAAACUAAAGAUAGCAUUUAUGGACAGACAAAGUCUAAAAAGAGGCUAGGAUUUGUGUGGUAGAAAAAAACUAAGAUAAGAUUAUUAAAAGUUUGGGUGAUUGCAUGUCUUUAUGUGCAACCCAAAAAUUAAAGACAAUGAAUAAAUUGAGUGGACUGUGGAAAAAAUAGACAAAUAUAAUAAAACUAAUGGAUCACUAUAUAAGAAAUGAAUACACUGAAAGAACUUGAUCCUAAUAUUCAGAAUGUUUUCAUGCUGUUAUAAUUGAAUGCAGUUCUGGCUGUUUUUCAAAACACAUACAAUUUGAAUUUAUCCUAAUGUCUGAGCUCCCAUCAUUUUUCUGGACACUGGAAGUCCUCGAAAUAAAAAUUUCAAAGUUCAUUUUAAACACUAUGGUCUCAUAAUUAAUGUUUCCACAUUUGAUUCAAUGCACUGUUAGAGGGGGCAUAUUUAUACUCUGUGAUAUUUUUAAUAUUUUAAUAAUGUAUACAUAUUAUAUAACAUGUAUACACAAUCAAGUUGUGCUGAAUGUAUAUUAAGUCUGUUUAAGUCAAAUGUUGAAUUAAAUAUGUUUACUAUAAAGUUGUUGUAAAACUGCGCUUUU